AUGGCAAGAACAACUUCCACCACGAAGGAUGCACAAGAUCUAUUCCACGCUAUUUGGUCUGCAUAUUCCGCCACACCUACAAAUCUCAAGAUCAUCGAUCUCUAUGUUGCCUUCGCUGUUUUCACCGCUCUCCUUCAGGUAGUUUACAUGGCUCUGGUUGGAACAUUUCCAUUUAACUCCUUCCUUUCUGGAGUACUCUCUUGUGUAGGAACCGCGGUUCUGGCUGUUUCUCUCCGGAUCCAAGUCAACAAAGAGAACAAGGAAUUCAAGGAUCUUGCGCCGGAGCGUGCUUUUGCUGAUUUUGUUCUCUGCAAUUUGGUGCUUCAUUUGGUGAUCAUGAACUUCCUUGGUUAA